UUCAGCGAGAGUAAUGGCUGCGCCCAUGAACAUGUGCGAGUUUGGUUAAUGUCGACAGUGAUUCCAUACUGCUGGCUGCCUACCAAGACGUCUUAAUAACACAUUUGUUACUUCAGUUUACUUUUUCAAAAUGGCAAAGAAAAAGAGAGUCAUAGCUGAUAAAGUGAGAAAUAGAAAGACAGAUGGACAAAAGAAGACAAACCCAUUUGAAGUGAAAGUCAAUCGACAAAAACACCAAGUACUGGGAAGAAAGAUUGCUAAACAUGACCGAGGUUUACCAGGUGUAUCACGGUCGAAGGCUAACAAACGGCGUAAGGAGACACUGCUACAAGAAUAUGAACAAAGAUUCAAGGCGAACAAGUUGGUGGAUCGACGUUUUGGGGAGAACGAUACCAGCCUCAGUGUGGAGGACAAAAUGUUGAAGAGAUAUGCCAUGGAGAGGGAGAAACACACAGGUGGGAGUAAAUUUAACCUGAAUGAUGAUGAAGAACUGACCCACUACGGACAGUCAUUGUCCGAGAUUGAGAAGUUUGAUGAUCCAGAAAUCAGUGAUGAAGAUGAGGAUUCUGGGAAGAUUGGAGGUAAAGCCAUCAUUGGAGGAUUUGGGGGCCAAUCACUACACAGGGCAUUUGAUCGGCAGUCUGAACGGGAGAAGACAGUUGAACUGACAGAGGAGUUGGAUGAACAAUGGAAGGACGUUGCUCAACUACUUCGAGGAAUGACGACUGGCAAGACAGAAAAACAGCCUGCAAAAAAUGAUGAUUAUGACAUUACUGUGAGAGAGCUCAAGUUUGAGAUCAAAGGAAAAGCAACAGACAGGUUAAAAACAGAGGAGGAACUAGCAAAAGAAGAAAAGGAAAGAUUGGAAAAUUUAGAGGCUGAUCGUGUGAGAAGGAUGAAGGGUGUCCUGCCGCACAGUGUCCGACCACAGUCACAGCAUUUCUCGGCCGACAGUCUGGAUGAUGGGUUUGUGCUGGAUACAGAUGACAGGAAUCGGGGGAAAGUGCGCUUCCUGGAGGAGGAAGAGGAAGAUUCUGAGGAGGAUGAGGAAGAAGGUGAUGAAGAAAAGGAAAUGAAUGAAAAGGAAGAAGGAGGUGGUGAAGAAGAGGAUGGAGGUGGCGAGGAGAGUGGUGAUGAGGAAAGUGAUGCUGGUGAUAAUGACAAUGAUGAUAAUGAUAAUGAUGGUGCAGAUGAAGCUGACAAGGACAACAGUGAUGAACAUUCCGAAGGAGAGAGUGAGGACAGUUUUGGUGAUGUUCUUUCAGAUUCAGAGGAAGAGAAGGACAAUGAGGAAAGUGUGACAAAGACAAAGUCUAUUUUAAAAAAGAAACCAGAGACAAAGACAGAGAAAAAAAAGAAAAAAGAAGUGCAAGAGGCAGCUGCCAAGGAGUUGCCCUACACAUUUGAAGCCCCUGACAACUAUGAUGCUCUGCUGGACAUGUUACACGGUCGGUCAGACACUGACCAGCUGACCAUCAUAGAGAGGAUCAGGAAGUGCCACCAUGCCAGUCUCGCAGACGGGAACAAAGCCAAGAUGGAGACCCUACUGCAGCUGUUGAUUCACUACUACGGCAGACUGGCGCUGCAGGAAGUGCCGUCCCUGUCACUGAUAGACAAGCUGACAGGGCAUAUAUACGACCUGACCCAGUCAACGCCGAACGUUGCUGCGGAAACCCUCCAGGAGAUAAUACAGAACCAGCAGGCUGACUUCACACAGAUGAGGGAGACCAGGAGGCCUGUUGUUCUGGGUUUGGACACUUUGCUGUACCUGAAGCUGGUGUCAGUUCUGUUCCCCACCUCGGACUUCAACCAUCCUGUGACCGUCCCUGCCCUCAUCUUCAUGAGCCAGCUGCUGGGACAGACUCCAGUCAACACUGAGAGAGAUGUGGCCUGUGGCUUGUUCCUCUGUAAUCUGUGCCUGGAGUAUGUGUCUGAGUCAAAGCGGUUUAUCCCAGAAGUGAUCAGCUUCUUGCAUGGAGUGCUCUUCCUGGCCUCCAAAAAGGAACCCAACAAAAUUGAGAGAGUCUCAGGUCCAUUCAAGCCAGUUGGAAAAUCCAUCAACCUGCUUCAUAUAAGUGAUAAGAAGUCACGGUCAUGCAUUAUUGAGGCGAUGAAGUUGAGUCAAGUGUUUGGAGUUGCUGUGGAGAGGGAAAGUCUUUCAAGCACACAGUUCAAGCUGUGUCUGCUACACUGCUGUGUGAGUCUGCUACAGGACGUCUCCCGACUGUACAGUGAUCUGCCAGCACACAUAGAGAUAUUCGCUCCUGUACUGUACAUGUGUGACAGACUGCCAACCACCCACUAUCCUACACAGCUCAAGGAUGCUGUGAGCAGUCUGCAGCAGUAUCUGAAGGGGGAGAGUCAGAAGGCCAGGAAAAGCCUCGUCUUCAACAGGGUGAAGCCCAAGCCUCUCCAGAUGUUUGAACCACAGAUAGAAGAGACGUGGGACGGCCACAAGAAGAAGAGUAGCGGCGGCAACAAGGCAUACAACGAGAAGCAGCGCCUGCUGCACAAGGUGAAGAAGGAGACGAAGGGUGCGAUGAGGGAGAUACGGAAAGACUCACAGUUUCUGGCCCGGCAUCAACAGCAGGAGACCAUGGAGAGAGACUCAGACAGGAAGAGGAAGGUGAAAGUUCUGUAUGGCCAUCUUGCCAACCAGGAGGGAGACUACAACAAGCUCAAGAAGAAGAAGAAAAGAUAACCUGCACUGAUAUACCUAAUACUGUACAUUGUGUAAAUAAAAUAAUGAUCAUCAAUUGUU